GAGCAGUGGGAGGACCGUGUGACAGGAGGCAUCCAUAUUGGCAUUCACAAGCUUCACCGAGAGCGUGGGCACUGGAAUGCCAGAACACUUCUCUACCCUCCACUGAGUCAAAGGGAAGAUAACGAAUGCGACAAUCCCUCUCAAGCGGGCGAUCCAAGUCCCAGAGCUCCUUUCCGUCAAGCUUAGCAAUAACCACGCUCGAGCUGAGCUCCUUGGGUAUAUCCUUCAGAAACGAGCCUGGAGUAGAGUGCCAUGCCUGCGCAAUAACCGUGGAUGGUGCACCAUCCCCCACUUCCAGCGUCACGGUGAUGUCGAACCGAGGCUUGUUCUUGAGUUCCUCCACUUUCUGCUUGUAUAGCUGGUCGAACAGCUCAUUUCGCUGUAUAAUGAAAUCUGGCAGCGGCCUCUCAGCGGCUGCAAAUUUGCCCUUUGGCUUGUCUGCUUUCUGCGGGGCAUCCUUCGAGGGGUUGCCAGCGUCCAUGGCUGCUGUGCGGUCGGGGAGGGCGGUGUCUUUGGUCGAAGCGCCUGCUGGAGCGCCAGUCUCACUCAUACUGCCUCUGUUAGCCCGCGCCGGUCAAUCUUUUCGAGUCCUGCUCCUGGUCUCGUGCUGUCUUCUCCUUGAUAUCGUCAAGCAACUAAACUGUGACUCUUGGAAUAUAGUGUAUAGAUAGGGGAGUUAGGGUGCCUCACGUGACACUGAGUCGACUAAUUUUAGCCGAGACUUUUUUUCGUUUCUUUUGACAAGCAGAUAUAAAAAAAAGUCUUCAAGAUAUCGGACGGCCGAUCAGCUCCAACGGCACCAGCGGACGUUUGUUAAGAAGAGAGAAAAGGGAAUUGCGCAAUGUCGUUUCGCGGGGCACCCAGAGGCCGUGGCACAGGCGCCAACCGUGGAGGGUUCGGAGCUCGCGGUGGUGAGUUGUGCGCUCCAUCAAUAUUACAUGCGUAACCAGUUCAAUUUAGCUGACAGCAAUUACCUUCUUGUGUCUAAGGCCGUGGAGGAAUGCAACAGUCGUUUGGGCCACCGGCUACCGUACUAGAGAUGGGGACCUUCAUGCACUCUUGCGAAGGAGAGAUGGUCUGCGAAUCGAUCAACCCCAAGAUUCCAUAUUUCAACGCCCCGAUAUAUCUGGAGAACAAGACACCAGUUGGAAAAGUUGAUGAAGUCCUAGGCCCGAUCAACCAAGUAUACUUUACCAUAAAGCCUCAGGAGGGAAUCGUCCCUACAUCUUUCAAGGCCGGUGACAAGUUCUACAUCGGAGGAGACAAACUAUUACCAUUGGAGAAGUAUGCGCCUGCGUUCUAUCUGAUGGCUGUUGAUAUAAUGCAAGCUCACACCUUACCUAGGUUCCUCCCCAAGCCCAAACCACCGCCAGGUGCACCAAAGCCAAAGAAGAUCGGAGGCGCAGGCCGUGGAGGCGCUGCGCGUGGUGGUAGAGGAGGAUUCUCCCGCGGCGGACGGGGCGGCGCUCCCCGGGGUCGUGGUGGUUUCUCCAGAGGCGGCGCGCGAGGUGGACGAGGUGGAAGCGGUGGAUUCUCCCGCGGAGGUGCUAGAGGAGGCUCACGAGGCGGAUUCCGUGGACGAGGCUAG